UCGGAUUCAAACUACUAGAAUUACGUAGGAGAAUGACUCAAUAUUCAAUCAGAUUACGUCAUAUCGACCAACUCUCAAUAUAUUCUCUAGAUCGAAAUAUAUGAUCCUAAAUACUAUUUCAUACCAAGCAUUCAAAAUAUUAUGCCCAAUAAACCUUUGUAAUCCUACCCAAAACGAGGAUAUGAUUGAAAUCCUUGUUCACUUAAUAAAUUGAAGAAGGUUGUUUUAACGUAUAGCUUUCACAGUAAAUAUGUGUAUGCCUACACACACACACGUAUCUUUUAUCUAUUCAUGUCGAGCUUAGAUGAAUCAUCUUUAGCUUUCAAAAUAUAUAUACGUGAGCCCACUAAUCCACUAUAUGGUCACAUCAAAUACUUCUCUCUCUCUAUAUCCCAUAUAUAUAUCCCGCAACACACAUGCAUUCGUUCAUCUCUCUCUGGCUAUCAUAAUUCAUUUCUCUAAACUUAUCCAUCUCUCCUUCUGUCUCUCCUAAAAUGGUGAAGGAGUCCCAGAAAAUCGUGGCCCUAGAUCAAGACAUACCCGUGAUAGACAUGUCCCAAGAGAGGUUACGAGUGUCCAUGCAGAUAGUUAAAGCUUGCGAGUCCAUUGGUUUCUUCAAAGUGGUCAACCACGGCGUUGACCCGGACGUUAUCUCCCGGAUGGAGCAAGAGUCCAUAAACUUCUUCGCUAAACCGGUUCUUGAGAAGAAAUCUGUCGGACCGGUGGUGAACCGGCCUUUUGGCUAUGGGUUGAAGGACAUUGGGCUCAAGGGUGAUAUUGGGGAGGUCGAGUAUUUGCUCCUUCACACUAAUCCUCUCUUCCUUUCUCAGUUAUCGUCUGGGAACGAUUCUACCAAGUUCGGCUCCGCAGUGACUUGUUACGUAGAAGCAGUUAAGCAGUUGGCGUGUGAGAUCUUAGAUCUCACGGCUGAAGGACUUCGGCUCCCACCUCAUACCUUCAGCAAAUUAAUCAGAGCCGUUGAUAGCGACUCAGUUCUUAGGUUUAAUCACUACCCAUCGUCCGAUCAAUUUCUUAGUGGAGCCAACCUCUCUGAUAAGUCUGUGUCAUUACCGAGAGUUGGCUUCGGGGAGCACACAGACCCUCAGAUCUUGACAGUUCUCAGAUCCAACGGAGUAGGGGGCCUCCAGGUGGCAUUCCCUGACGGAAGAUGGGUCUCUGUCUCCCCUGACCCUUCUGUUUUUUGCGUAAACGUAGGCGAUCUUUUGCAGGUAAUGACGAAUGGGAGAUUCCUAAGCGUACGACACAGGGCGGUGACUACAGGACAUGCAAGCAGGCUAUCGAUGGCAUACUUUGCCGGUCCGUCCGUCCAUGCAAAGAUAGGCCCUCUCCCGACAAUCGUCACGGCGGCAGAUCAGCCACGGCUUUACCGGACGUUCACAUGGGCUGACUACAAGAAGUUUGCUUACUCACUAGGCCUUGGAGAUAACCGUCUUGACAUUUUCCGCUCACGUGUCGAUGAGGAAGAUGAGUUGGGCUUCUAGUAAUAUCAAUGAAUUGGGCUAAAAGCUAACAAGAAACUUCUUGUAGUUGGUAAGGUAACUUAGGAAUCAAAAGUAGGACGGACCACAUUUUCUAUGCGAAUUUUGCAAUUCAAUUUUAUUAUUUUGGUGCUUUAUUCUUGAUUUAAUAUAUUUGAUUUCAUUAAGCCCUGUCCUAUAGUAUAUGUGCUAUUAUACACAAAAUUAACCAAUAUGUACAUCAUAAUGAAAAUCACAAAAAAAAAAAAGAGAAAAAAUCAC